AUGUGGGAUUGUAACCAGAAAUUAAGCGAGAAUGGUCUGACCUAUGACGUUACAUUUACUUUUCACAAUUCCAAGUUUACCUGUGAAAAGUCCAUUUUUGGUUCUGCCAGUCCGCUUCUGAAGCACAUUUUUGAAGAAAAUCAGGAUUGUGCUACUCUUAAACGAUCUGUUGGAAUCGCAACAGCGACUUGCCCAAAUACUAAUACCUUGAUUUUGCAUAUUGACGAAUCACCCGAGGCGUUUGAGGCUGUUCACAAAUUUUUACAUGAUCCAAAUGCUAAAAUUGACGACUAUCUUUUGCCAUCCAUUUGCCAACUUUCCAAGAAAUAUCAGUUUGAAGAAGUCUGGCGCGUAUUGGGCAGUCGUCUUGCACACUUGGUAUCACUGGAAAACAUUGGAGAAAUAUGUCCACUUGUUUUCCUGGCUGCCGGCGUGGACACAGAUGAUCCCACGGCAAAUGCACUUGCCUCGGCAACUCGAUCAUUUCUUGUGGACAAUGCCGACACUAUUGCCUGUACGCAAACAGGCCAGUUGUCUGCCCGUUUGUUUAUCGAUGUAACGGAGAACCCACGAUGCCCAGAUCGCGAUGUCUUCGAUAUAACUGGCUCUUUAGCGUAUCAGUCUGGCUUUCCAGACGACUGGGGAUUAACGGAACUUGUGCUCUUUUACAUUUCACGACUUGUUAAAUAUCGUGAACCUCUGGACGAAGGCAACUCCGCCAGUUUUGAAGAGCAAGUUGCCAGAAAGUUAACCAACAAGAUUCAUGCCCCUGCGCGAGAAACAGUUACGGAUGAAAUUAGGACUUCAGUAAUCCGGAUGGAGCGGAUUUGCAAUCACGUGCCUGGCGCACGCCACGUGCUUUGUGGCAUGCCUUGUAAAAAACUCGAGUUCCCGCCACUUCUCUUCUGCAUCUGCGCUGCUAGUCAAACUGAGCCCCCUGCGUUUCCUCUAACUGAACAUCCUAGAAGUCACUUUAACCGCGGUGACACACUUAUCAGUCUGGUCUUCCGAUUUGCCAUCUUCCUGUCCCCCAUCUUACAGGUACCGCCAUCUGCGACUUCGGAGGCAGGCGAUGCGUUCCAGACUCAGAAAUCUCACGAGACGAAUUCCGAGAGCGUCACAACCUCGGAGGCAGCCGCCAACGCAGUUGCCUCAGACAAAGAAACCUGCCUCCUUGCAAAGACCACUCUUGGAGCCGUGAUUCAUGCUCCCUGUCUUGAGGCACUUCUUUGCGUUGCAACCGCACCCUCUCGCACUGUUUCAGUUGGCUCGAUCUCCAUCCACCUGGGGAAACUGGAGGGCCGUCUGGUGAGUCUUUCGGUGAAACGAAAACCCAUUCCCUCGGCCUCGGCUUCUGUCGUCCCCUCCUCAGCGUCGUCGUCGGUUACCGGAGGCUGUAACAUGUUCCCGUGCGCCUCCUCUCUCCUCACCUCCGUUGUCUUGCCUCCUUCGCCACCUCCCAACGCUGCUGCUUGUUGCUUGAACUGUGCUCCGAGGGAUACCAUUCGCUGCGCUAAGCGACGGAUUAUUCCCACGAGCCCUCUGAAACCACUUCGAAUCGACAACCAACCACCGAACGAGGAGGCGUCGCCGCCGUCCAUGUUCCAUCAAAACUGUGUUCUGCGUUCCUUCGGCUGCCUCCCGACGCCUUUGCUGGAGCCUAGAUCCGCAGCCGGCGCCUGCAGCAUCGUCGCUUCGAAUACCUCUGGAGGGGACGGAGAGAAAGAGGGCGAGGAAGAGGAGUCGACGCAUUGGAUACUCGUGGCUGGUGGUAGUUCACAGGACCGGUGCCUGAGAACUACUGAGUUCCUGUGCCUGAAACACAGCUCGUGGGAUGCAGAGUGGUUCGCGGGCCGACGUGGCUCCAUAAUGAGCGCUAUCUCCGAUAUCGAGAGCGCCUCUAACCCCGGCGCCGGCGGCACCGUGAGUUUCACAUGUCAUCCCGGCCCGUCGAUGCAUUCGGCUCGAGGACGACUAGCUCUGACGUCGCUAGACGACGGUUUGAGCAUCUACGCUUGUGGAGGCUCCGACGGUAACCAGGAUCUCACAUCGGUUGAGUGUCUGAUCGUCGAUCCCGCCAACCCUGCCUCAUCAGAUGCCUCUAAUCAAUGGCGUUUCGUUGCGAGCCUCCAGCAGGCCCGCAGUUGCUCCGCCGCUGCCUCCCUGACAGCCCGACAACGCGCCAUUGUGAUUGGUGGCCAGUUGGGGGGUGCGCCGCUUUCUAGUGUGGAGGCCUACAUUCCAGACAGGGACGAGUGGAUCUACUUGCCGCCCAUGUCAGAAGCCCGCAGUCAGCUGUGCGCGGCUGCUCUGAAUACGCGCAAUCUGGUUUUCGCGGUGGGGGGCGUGAGCGAGACCCCCAAUACCCCCUGCACACUGCCGUCCCACUCCUUCACCUUCCAGUCGUGUGAGCUGACGGAACUGCCAGCCUCUGGUGAGGCCUACGACCCCCGCUGCUCCCAUUGGAUCCGUCUUCCCGAACUCAUCAAUCGCUCUCCUCUCAUUGGUGCCUCUCUGGUCCCUAUUUCUCCCUCAUCAGUUGCUAACACAUUGUUCGUCCUUUCCGUGAUGCCAGGUCGAUUACUCUUAAUCGGUGGUUCGGACGGUCACUCGAACAUGACCCAGACGCAAAUCUUCGACUCGCGAACCUGGACGUGGCUGCUGGGUCCCUCCCUGUCUAUCGGUCGUGUCUCUCCCUGUGCUGUGGCCCUAGCACCCACGGUACAGACGUGGGACGCAUCGUCGCCUUGCGUUGCUGUCAUCGGGGGCUUCAACAUUGCCGCGGGCGGCUUUCUUAACUCCGUUGAAGUCCUCGGUGUCACCAUCACCUCUACAAGUCCGGGAAAGAUUUCUCCUCUUUCCAUCCCCUCCAGCACCCCACCAAAGAACCCCGUACCCACCUACCUACACCCUUCAUGUGACAAUUGA